AUGAUAUCCCAGCAGCUACCUCCAGGGAAAUACUGUGUCUCGUUUGCGUAUCGGGAAGCAACUGCAAGCACCGUUAUAGAUCUAAAAACCAUUUCACCACAGUCUACAAAUAAAACUCUCUGGACUGUCAAUGAGCGAGCAAUGCCGGAUUGGAAAAAUGUUUCCGUUCCAGUGAGCAGUAAUGAAACCUUUCAAGUGGCGUUCGUUGUACAUUUUGUUAGAGUAAACCAUGUUGGAAUCGACAAUAUCCAAAUUGCAAAAGCUUGCGAUAAUUUGACGUUACAACAUGGAAACGUGUCUUUACUGAAUCAAACCGCUGCCCAGUUUACCUGUGACGUUGGCUACAAAGCGAAAGGUCACGGAUCGUCUGUAUGCACACAUGGAACCUGGUCAAAUUUACCUUUAUGUGAACCCGUUGAUUGCGGGACCGCGACUGCUGUUGAUCAUGGAAACGUGACCUCACAUUCAAACACAUACCAAUCUACGGCAACAUAUACGUGUAUUUCUGGAUAUAAUCUGAGAGGAAACAAUACAAUACGUUGUAGGAGUAACGGACAGUGGUCUCAAGUAUAUGCAACGUGUCAUCCAGUCGAUUGCCAUGCAGCGCCGACUCUCAAUCAUGGUCACGUGACAUCAAAUGCGACAACGUUUCCGUCUUCAACAACGUACACUUGUGAGCCAGGGUAUAUCCUCAGUGGAAAUAGCACAAUACAGUGCUUGAGUAGCGGACAAUGGUCUUCAAAGCGAGCAUCGUGUAAACCAGUCGAUUGCCAUGCAGCGCCGACUCUCAAUCAAGGUCACGUGACAUCAAAUGCGACAACGUUUCCGUCUUCAACAACGUACACUUGUGAGCCAGGGUAUAUCCUCAGUGGAAAUAGCACAAUACAGUGCUUGAGUAGCGGACAAUGGUCUUCAAAGCGAGCAUCGUGUAAACCAGUCGAUUGCCAUGCAGCGCCGACUCUCAAUCAAGGUCACGUGACAUCAAAUGCGACAACGUUUCCGUCUUCAACAACGUACACUUGUGAUCCAGGGUAUAUCCUCAGUGGAAAUAGCACAAUACAGUGCUUGAGUAGCGGACAAUGGUCUUCAAAGCGAGCAUCUUGUAAACCAGUCGAUUGCCAUGCAGCGCCGACUCUCAAUCAAGGUCACGUGACAUCAAAUGCGACAACGUUUCCGUCUUCAACAACGUACACUUGUGAGCCAGGGUAUAUCCUCAGUGGAAAUAGCACAAUACAGUGCUUGAGUAGCGGACAAUGGUCUUCAAAGCGAGCAUCGUGUAAACCAGUCGAUUGCCAUGCAGCGCCGACUCUCAAUCAAGGUCACGUGACAUCAAAUGCGACAACGUUUCCGUCUUCAACAACGUACACUUGUGAGCCAGGGUAUAUCCUCAGUGGAAAUAGCACAAUACAGUGCUUGAGUAGCGGACAUUGGUCUUCAAUGCGAGCAUCUUGUAAACCAGUCGAUUGCCAUGCAGCGCCGACUCUCAAUCAAGGUCACGUGACAUCAAAUGCGACAACGUUUCCGUCUUCAACAACGUACACUUGUGAGCCAGGGUAUAUCCUCAGUGGAAAUAGCACAAUACAGUGCUUGAGUAGCGGACAAUGGUCUUCAAUGCGAGCAUCUUGUAAACCAGUCGAUUGCCAUGCACCACCGACUCUCAAUCAUGGUCACGUGACAUCAAAUGCGACAACGUUUCCGUCUUCAACAACGUACACUUGUGAGCCAGGGUAUAUCCUCAGUGGAAAUAGCACAAUACAGUGCUUGAGUAGCGGACAAUGGUCUUCAAAGCGAGCAUCGUGUAAACCAGUCGAUUGCCAUGCAGCGCCGACUCUCAAUCAAGGUCACGUGACAUCAAAUGCGACAACGUUUCCGUCUUCAACAACGUACACUUGUGAGCCAGGGUAUAUCCUCAGUGGAAAUAGCACAAUACAGUGCUUGAGUAGCGGACAAUGGUCUUCAAUGCGAGCAUCGUGUAAACCAGUCGAUUGCCAUGCAGCGCCGACUCUCAAUCAAGGUCACGUGUCAUCAAAUGCGACAACGUUUCCAUCUUCAACAACUUACACUUGUGAGCCAGGGAAUAUCCUCAGUGGAAAUAGCACAAUACAGUGCUUGAGUAGCGGACAUUGGUCUCCAUUACGAGCAUCUUGUAAACCAGUCGAUUGCGGAGCAGCCCCUGGUAUUGACAAUGGUAACGUGUCUUCAGUGAAAACCACCUAUUUAUCUGUGGCCAUAUACACGUGUGAGACUGGAUAUAACAUUAGUGGGAACAACACCAUACAGUGUAUGAGAAACGGGAACUGGUCUUCAGUGAUGGCAACCUGCAGCCCGGUCGAUUGCGGAGCAGCCCCUGACAUUGACCAUGGUAACGUGUCUUCUGUUGAAACAACCUAUUUAUUUGUGGCCACAUACACGUGUGAGACUGGAUAUAACAUCCGUGGGGACAACAUCAUACAUUGUAUGAGUAACGGGAACUGGUCUUCAGUGAUGGCAACCUGCAGCCCGGUCGAUUGCAACGCUCCGUCGACAAUUGAGAACGGGAACGUUACCGCGCAGACAACAACCUAUCAUUCUGUCGCCUCCUACACUUGUGACCCCGGAUAUGACAUCAUAGGGAGCAGGACCAUACAGUGUAUGAGUAACGGAAACUGGUCACACACACAGGCAACAUGCAAGCCUGUCGAUUUAUUAAACUCGUAUAAGGUAUUUGUGAUCUCGUACACAGAUUGCGGAGCAGCCCCUGACAUUGACCAUGGUAACGUGUCUUCUGUUGAAACAACCUAUUUAUUUGUGGCCACAUACACGUGUGAGACUGGAUAUAACAUCCGUGGGGACAACAUCAUACAUUGUAUGAGUAACGGGAACUGGUCUUCAGUGAUGGCAACCUGCAGCCCGGUCGGUAAGAUAAAAAAAACCAUCUGUCUUAUGAACGGCUGUAAUUGA